AUGGCUCUACAAAGAUAUACAAAAUCUGUGGAUGGAACAAUUCCGAUCCAAGCUCUUAUGUACAAUGAUGAAGAAUUGAUUUCUACACAGGACGGCAUUGGAAUAUAUGACGGUUUGCAGAAGUCCCUGGACCAUCAGUCUGGAACCGUCCACAUAACAAGUCAACGAUUGUUCUACAUAGAUGCCACAAAGAAACCGUCCAGAUCCUUCUCUUUAGCACUUUCUCAUGUCUCCAAAACGGAUUACUACGCGGGUCUCUUCAGCUCUUCGCCCAAAGUGACUCUUCAUCUUUCUAUAGAGGACCCAGCAUCGGAAGAACCUUCAAGAUUUGGAAGUUGGGAAUGCGAAGUUUGUGCAUAUCGCAAUCCACCUGGUUUGAGUCCCUCUGCUGCUCGGGUAUGUGCGUUAUGCGGCGUCCCCAGAAGUUUGCCAGCAAAGUCUGCCUCUUCCAGCGCCUCUUUUGAAGUUCCACAACCAAGUAUAGACUCAUCAUUUCCAACAUCUGCUUCUACUUCAGCCCUUCCGCAGCGUUUUCGGAAGCCCAGCUCGAUAUCAUGUCCUGCAUGUACAUUCUUGAAUCACCCGUCCAUGCAGACAUGCGAGAUCUGUUCCACUCCGCUGCCCAAAGCAUCAGGUGAUCAUACUCAGGCCAAGUCUGCCCCGACCACACGACCUACCACACCCGGUCUCAAUGAUGAUGAUAUUGAAUCGAAAAUGCUCAAGCUGAGCUUCCGUAAAGGUGGAGAUAAAGUAUUUUACACUGCUCUGAAACGUAGCUUGAAGGGUCGGGCAUGGGAGAUUACUCCUUCCAAUGCCGGGACGAAUGGUGCUCGAUCAGGAAUCUGUGAGAACACGUUCCUGGUCGAUGUAAUCACCUCUGACUCUCUUUGUUUAGCUGGCAUUAUGCAAGCGGUAGAAAACAAUGCACAGAAUCGCGACGCAGAUAUGUCAAAUGCCCUUCAAGAUCUCGAAGCGCUCAUGGUCAAAGCCAAGGAUAUGGUCCGCUUAGCAGCAGAACUGAACGAACGUCUGACGGCUUCGUCAACAACGACGGCCAACGAUCCCUACUCAUUUGUUCUAUCCUCAACCCUCACGGAACCAGAAGAAGCGACAUUCAUUCGGUCCUCUCUAUCUCAGCUUGGUUUGCAGAUGGAGAAUACCCCGGUCACGUUGGAUAUGAUGAAGGACGAGCGAGAGUGGAUGGAACAACUUGCUCGGGAAUUGGCGAAUAUAUUGCAAGGAUCUGAGAAAGUUUCUUCCUCAUCGAGCGGUGGGAUGAUGAAAAAACGGGGAAUUAUCGCUCUAGAUGAAGUUUGGGGUGGUUGGAAUCGCGCAAGAGGCGUCGCUCUUAUACCACCCUCAACGUUCCUCCAAGUAAUCCCCUAUUUGCCUGCUUUUACCAACCCUACCAUCACUUCCCGAACCCUUAAUUCAGGCCUUGCCGUUCUGCAUACACCACCCUACUCACGAGCAGCAUUUGCUGCCCGUAUCUGUGGCCUCCUCGCUCUUGCAGGUCCAAAAUCUACAACGGAAAUUGCACAGGAAGAAGGUAUAACGAUUGGCCUAACGGUGGAGAUGCUCAUCAUAGUCGAAGAAGAUGGCGAUGUCUGUAGAGAUGACGGUCAAUCUGUCAUUCAGGAAAAGAAAGGUGAUAUCUUGGUGCUCGGAGAGGUAAACUGGUGGGCGAAUUUGUUUAUUGGAUAUACUUGGGACGGUCAAGAGUAG